CAGCGCCUUGGCAACGGCGCGGCGGCCGCAGGGCCCGGCGGGGCCUGGCGGGCCCGGCGCUGCUCCCCGGGAUCCCAGCCGGGCAGGAGCUGCUCCUGCUGCUCCCCGGGAUCCCACCUGGGCAGGAGCUGCUCCUGCUGCUCCCCGGGAUCCCAGCCGGGCAGGAGCUGCUCCCCGGGAUCCCAGCCGGGCAGGAGCUGCUCCCCGGGAUCGCACCUGGGCAGGAGCUGCUCCCCGCGAUCCCACCCGGGCAGUAGCUGGUCCCUGCGAUCUCACCUGGGCAGGAGCUGCUCCCCGGGAUCCCAGCUGAGCAGGAGCUGCUCCUGGUGCUCCCCGGGAUCCCACCUGGGCAGGAGCUGCUCCCCGGGAUCGCACCCGGGCAGGAGCUGCUCCCCGCGAUCCCACCUGGGCAGGAGCUGCUCUCCCGGAUCUCACCUGUGCAGGCGCUGCUCUCCCGGAUCCCACCUGUGCAGGCGCUGCUCCCGCUGCUCUCCCGGAUCUCACCUGUGCAGGCGCUGCUCCCGCUGCUCUCCGGGAUCCCACCUGUGCAGGCGCUGCUCUCCGGGAUCCCACCUGUGCAGGCGCUGCUCCCGCUGCUCUCCCGGAUCCCACCUGUGCAGGCGCUGCUCCCGCUGCUCUCCCGGAUCUCCCCUGUGCAGGCGCUGCUCCCGCUGCUCUCCCGGAUCUCCCCUGUGCAGGCGCUGCUCUCCCGGAUCCCACCUGUGCAGGCGCUGCUCCCGCUGCUCUCCCGGAUCUCCCCUGUGCAGGCGCUGCUCUCACCUGCGCGGGCGCGGCCGGCGGCAGCCGCGGGUGUCGGUGCGGGAUGCGCUCCAAGAGGCUCACCACAGAACCUCCAUGUAUAACAGAAGAAAUGUUAGAAGAAUGCCUAGCCACAGAUGAUAUGCUUGUGGAUUACUUUAAUGAAUUUUUGAGUCUUCCGACUUUUGCUCAGCCAGUCAAGUUUAACUCAGAUGCUGGGGCUUUUGAAGCAGUUAAUUAUGCCCCACAAUGCCUGGAAAGCCAACCGAAAAAGAUUCCACAUGAUCAAAAACCUCCAAGCCCCAUUUAUGAUGUUCUAAGCAAAGAAAAGAAUGAUGGGCAGCUCUCCAAAACCCACAGUGUUUCUUCAGUCUUAAGUAUUGAUCCAAAUUACAACACUAUGCAACUCGAUCAAGAACAAGCAAUUGAGUGGAUUAAGAAAGAAAGGCUUCCAGCAUUUCUAGAAAGUGACUGCUACUUUGAAUACAGACUAGCUAAACUGAUAUCACAGGUAGAAUGGAGCAAGACUGGCAUUAAUUUCAUUAUAGAUAGUGACUACUGUCCCUGGAUAUGGAAGCAAAUCCCAAGUUCUCCCCCUCCUGAGGAGGAUGACUCUUCAUUGACUUCAAUGACUAUGCAGAAAUUCUAUGUAUCACUUGGUGAGGCUACAGUUUCUCAGGUAAAGGAUUGGUUUACAUUGGCAAAACAAGGUGAUUCUCUGAAAACUACAGAUUCAUCUACACAUCCUGUAGUUUCUAGUAAAAUUCAAGAUACUCAGCAUUUGCCUAGGCAGCAUAAAAGAGAUGAAUCAUUACCUGAAAAAGGUUCCCUUCUGGGGAAGGCAUCUGCAAAAGCUGCUGUUACCAGUGAGAGAUCCAGAGAAGCUGAGGAAGAUUUCUCUGUGGUCAUUGCUGCACCUCCCUCCUAUACUCAGUCAAGAGUUUAUCUAGACCCAAAAUGGCUCAGCGCAGUGAAAAAAGAAAAUGAACAGAGAAGCACGACUUUUCAGACAGCAGAAGAAUUCAUACCAGGAUCCUCUCAAGUUGCAAUGAAGGAAUCCAUUUCAGAACUGACCCAACAGCCAGCUGCUGACAUUGAAGCCUUGGACUCCAAGGAAGAUGUAAGAAAACAAGCUCCUGAUCAAGUAAGCUUAAGUUCUGAAAGUGUUGGGCCAGACAGCAGAGCUGCCUGGUGUGUUAGUCACAGGACUUAUGACACUGGCAACAGACAUGAGUUUGAAAGAUUCAAGAAGUUCAUUAAAGGAACACCUGGGGAGAGGUACUGGUGGCUCUGGAUGGAUAUUGAAAGACUAAAGUCUCUUAAGAACACUACAAGGCAACAAAGGCAACUCAGUAAGAUGAAAAAACUGUACCUACUGAGCAAUGGAGACUAUUUCCUCAGUUCUGAAGUGUUGCUCAGACUUGAACUAAUGCAUGGACAUCAGUGGAAUAUAAUGCAUUUAAGACAGAUUCAGCCUGAAGUACUGAAACCACUACUUCUUUACUGGGGCCCCAGAUUUUGUGUCACUCAUUCAACAGCAAUAGAUGCUGCCAGUGCAAAGCUGAAGUUCUGGCAUACGUGUCAGGAGAGACCAAGAGUGGACGUUGAUCCUUUCCCACGUAUAGUAUCAUUGUUACCAUUGUCCCAAAAGUCUGACAUGCCACCUUCCCUUCUUCAGAGGAAAACUGCUGCUGGCAGUGUUGUCUUCAGAGGACCAGGAAUUGAAAGCAUGCUGCAGUCUCUUUAUUUGGAGAACAGAGCAGGCUACUACUUCACACAGUUCUGUGAGAACUCAGGCAAUCAGUUGUGGAAGAACUGUGUGUACUUUUGGUUCGACCUACAGGCUUAUCAUCAGCUUUUUUACCAAGAAACCCUUCAACCUUUUCAAAUAUUCCAGCAAGCUCAAUUCCUUUAUGCAACUUACAUUGCUCCAUCUGCCAGCAUGGACAGUGGACUUCAUCAGGAUAAGAAAAAUAUGAUUUAUCAAAAAAUUGAUCCAGCUUUUGAGGACCUUUUUGACCUAGCAGAAGAACAUAUCCUCACUAUUCUGCUGGAACCAUGGGUGAAGAUGGUAGAAGCAGACAAAUACACUUAUAGAAAGGUGGAGUUGGUGGAAGAAACUCAACAGCUGGACUCCGUGUACUUUAGAGAGGUCCAGGCUUUGCAUCAAGUGAGUAGUUCCAAGAAGGAUGAGAGUACUGUUUCUGACAAGGGAGCCCUCAAAGAAGAUCAGCACUUGCAUCAAGGUCCUAAAGAAUUGGCAGGUCCAAAUCUAUUUGACCUGAUCCAUGACAAAGAGAAGUUAGAACAGUUCCGGGCUUUUCUUAGUAAGCGUUCUGCUAGCAUGGAUCUCAUGUGCUGGCUAGAUAUUGAAGAGUUCAAAAAGACACUCGACAAGGAUAAAGAAAAAAGUGAUGAAAAAUCUAAAGACAUUAAAACCAAGUACUUAAACAACAAGUACUUCUUUGGACCCAACAGCCCAGCUACCAGAGAACAACAAGAAAAGCUAAUGCAUUCAGGUGGAGGAAGGAGACAAAGCCUUCAUGAUCAACUUUUGGCAGCUCAGCAGUGCGUCCAGAAGAGAUUAGAAAAACAAUGGCUGCCAUUGUUCCUGGCAGAUGAACACCAAGGGCCAGAGGGACAAGCAAAGAUAAGGGACACAACUGAAGAUCUUUCACACAAAGACCAGCAAAAGACAACCAGUAUGCGGAAGCAUGUGGACAAUAAGAGUGUUUCUUCAUCUAGUGAUAUAAUUGCUUUCCGCAAAGCGCUGCUGGAUCCAGUGACAGCAAAUCUGUUUCAACGCUUUGUGGCACUGAAGGGAGAGCGACUGGGGAAUGGAGUGCUCUUUUGGCAAGAGGUGCAAAAGUAUAAGGACUUGUGCCAUUCUCAUUGUGAUGAUACCAUGGUUCAGAAAAAGAUCACAGCUAUUAUUGACUGCUUUAUUAAUUCUGCCAUACCCCCAGCUUUGCAGAUUGAUAUCCCACCUGAACAAGCAAAGAAGAUUGUGGAGCGCAGGAAAGAACUAGGACCUUAUAUUUUUAGAGAGGCACAGAUGAGUAUUUUUGCUCUUCUGUUUAAAUUUUGGCCAGAAUUUUGUGAGUUCCAAAGCAAUCGGGAUAGUGAGAAAACUCUAGUUACCUUGGAGAAAAAAAAGGAAAAAGAGACGCGAAAGAAGGAAGGGAUAACAGCAAAGCAUUCGCAGGGUAAAGAAACAGAGAGAAAACUCACAAACUUGCCUCAAGUGAAAUCUUUGACUCAGCUCAAGUCCUUGACUCAACGUAAGUCCUUGACUCAAACUGAGCCCUUGACUCAGCUUAAACCCUUUACUCAACUGCCAAAGAGUGUUUUGCUAGAUGAGCUUGAUGAGAAGAGAAAAUCACCAGUAUCUUUACCACCUAAGGAUGGACAGGGGAGGAAGGCUUCCUGGAACUAUUCCAAGUACAUAGAAGCCUUGGAGCAGGAAAGAAUACUCAUCAAAAGGCAAGAAGAUCUGGAGAAAACCUCAUCAUCAUUCCCUGCAGGUUCCUUGUCUAUGCCCUCCCUGAAGCCUGAAAGUUUUGUUAAAGCCACCAUUCCUACGAAGCAGAAACCCUGAAUCUUCCCAAGAAGCAGGAAGCAACUUGGUGUCCUGCCCUCACUAAAAUUCCAAGUGUCUGAACAUAAUCUUCCUGUGGCAGCAUCUUCUGAAAAUGACUUCAGAGAAAACUGCAGCAUUCCUUGGUCUUCCCUGUUACUCUCUUUCCCAUGUUCUACAGUUAAAGUAAUCCAGUAAUCCCCCUGGGGCCUCAUGUGCCUGGCAGGUGUGAGAGUAUUCCACACUGCUUUACCUUCUGCACCCUGUUCUGAUCCCUGUGGAGCUGGAUCACCGUGGGCAGUCCUGGCACAGGGCUUCUGCUCCUGCUCUGUGGCUGACAAACCUCCAGCUGGGCACAGUGACCAGGACCCACAAGGCACCUGCACCCCUUGCUGCAUCCCCAGCCCAGCCCAGCCCAGCCCAGCCCAGCCAUCUCUGCCUGUUCUGUCUAUUCCAGACCAGAGAGCUGCCUUCCUGCCAGGCACCAGGCUGGGGUACAAGCUAACACAAUGAAAGUUGAGGUCCCAUGUGAUUUGAGAGGUCUAUCCCAUCAGCUUCAGCUGCAGCCCACUCUCUAAAGCCACUGGAAAUUUGCCUGCCACUAUCCUAUAGUGAUCUGACCACUCUGCUGGUAGGGUGAGAUAGCUACAAAAGACCAUGAAUGCUCCACUUUGUAACAGGGCAGGUCACACCUUAUCUACUGGGGAUAAAAGGCAAGGCUGGCUGCAGGAGGCCUGUGACAGAGGCCAGGGCUGCCAUGUGCUGGGCACAGCAAGUCCCAGUUGCCUCCAGAGGACACAGUCUCAAGCUGCACCAAGGGACAUAUAGGUUGGACAUUAGGAAAAAGUUUUUAUUGAAAGAGUGAUAAAGUACUGGAAUGGUCUGCCUGGGGAGGUGGAGUCACCAUCCCUGGAUGUGUUUAAAAAAGACUGGAUGUGGCACUCGGUGCCGUGGCUUGGUUGAGGUGUUAGGGCAUGGGUUGACUGGAUCUUGAAGUUCUCUUCCAACCUAGUGAUUCUGUGAUUCUGUGAUUGAAUGGACCCAUCACAGGACAUGGCUGAUCCCUCAACCAAGAUCAUGGCACCAUGGGGAAACACAUUUCAGAAAGAGCAAAGAAAGCCAGAGAGUGGAGGAAGAAAUAAAAGGAGUGAUAAACAACAGAGGGAACACCAAGGGCAGAGGAGUCAGUGUAAGAGGAAAAGGUUAAGGAGGAAGUUGAGGAGAAGGAGGUGCUCUAUGGUAGAACAGAUAUUCCCUGCAGCCUGUGGAGGAUUGAUGUUGCAACAGAGAAAAAUAGUGAGAAGGAAAAAGGGGAUCCCCAGUGCCUCACCAAAGGGACAGAGUGCAAGCAGUGGUGGUAAUGAGGGAAAGAGAGGUGCUUGGAGUGAACUUGAACCUAGGAAACAUGGUGGAAAAGUGUUUUCUCUAAGUGUGUAGAUAUUCUUAUUUUCUUUCCCCUACUACCUGAAUAAGUAAUGAUUUAUUCUAAUUUGCAAUAAAUUU